UGAGAAAUGUGGGCUCUUCAGACAUCAACAAUUUCUCAGUUUUUAAAGCCUUUAGAGCUUCCUCGUUUUCAUUUUCCAAUCUCACUCCAGUCAUCGCAACCUGUCUUCAGGCUUAUGAAUUUUAUCUGUUGCGGUCGGAGGACAGAUGCAUCUGAGAAAUGCUUCAUCCGACUUAGUCAUUCUCGUGUGGAAUUCGAACGGCUGUUGAAAAGGAAUCAGCCGUGUUGAGUUCAUGUUACGUCUCAUCCUUCUACCAUUCAACUGGGACCAUCUCAAUUUUGUUUCACUGCUUUCUUCACUGCUUUCACUUCUUUCAGCUAUGCAUGCUUUACAAACAAGCACCCAGAGAAAUAUUCAUACAGCCUGACAUAGCGUUGGAGCAGACUCAGCUAUAAGGUCAAGGAGUCUGCAGUUCGAGUUGCUUAAGCCGAUCGUUGAAACGGGGAGAAGUCCCAAGUUCAGUCGUAGUGGUGCAACGCUGCUUUCUCUUCGUCCAUUUGCUUUCUAACAGGGGCCAGCCUCGUCAUGGAAUGCUAUGGAAACCAUUCUUCGGAAGGAGUAGAGACAGCUCUGCGAGCAGAUGGGCCAGAUUUGACUUCGGAUGUCAAGAUGCAAUCACCGAAGCCCAACCUCUCGGAGUUCAGAGAACUAUCACAACCUGGCUUGGAAUCCGUGAGUGAUGUGAACGUCGUGAUGGCUCAUCAGAACCUACCCAGAAUUCAGAUGAUGAACGAAGAGAACAGAAGAAGAAGUGGGACAAGAGCAGCGAAGCCCCCCAGGCCUUCACCCUUGCAGUUGGAUGUCAGAGGCCAAUGUGCUCUAUCAACUUCCAUCAAACCGUCGACCUCCUUCAAAUUCUCGACAUCACCUACCACCAGCAGUUCCAGUUCUGCUGCAUACAAGUCUUUCAACUACUUCUCACCGAUUUUGAAGCGAAGGAGUUUGGGCUGGUCGGGACAACGACUGGCUAGGAUUAAGACUGAAAGUUCUGGUGGAUGCAAAAGUAUUGGAUUUGCACAUUUAUGAGCGUCUUGUCCUAAGUUUAAGGGUUUUGAUUGCACACAGCGCUGAACAUUGAACUGUGUGGGCAGAUACUGUAGUCCAGUUUGAGUUGAGUGGAAGGCUGGUACGGUUUACAUUUAGGAAACCAUAACUGUAAUAACACAGUCACGAAGAAUUGAGUAGCAAACCUAUCGUUGCAACGGAAUAAGUGUGUAGGAUCUGCCUACUGCGGGUAAGUUUUGAGUUUCCACCUCAUUAAUCAAUUGCGUCACUACGCAUCCUGAAGACCUAAUGGAUCAUCUUGCAAAGAUCGUACGUGAGAGCGAGCUCAUAGAUGGUUGCUGUGAAUGAAUGGUUCGUCUGAUGAGAAGCACACAGAAACCGAUCACUGAGUAGCAGAUUUCAGUCUCCAAGCUAGUAUCUAUAUCGAGAAGUAAAGACAGGAACAAGGAGGCGUUUGUAAUUAAAGUGCAGUUUUGAUUCAGAUCCUGCAAACAGAGUAAAGAU